AUGGCUUCUCCUACGCAAAAAAACUUUGACGCAACCUCUCGAUUGCAAAUGAAAGAACAGACAAUUGACGAGAUGUAUGGUAUACCAGAGAAUUUUCUAGAAAUUGAAGUGAGGAACCCACAAACUCACGGUUUUGGUCGCAAAAUGUUUACUGAUUAUGAGAUUGUUUGUCGAACGAAUAUUCCUGCCUUUAAGUUGAAAGUUUCUUCGGUUCGAAGAAGAUACAGUGACUUUGAAUGGUUCCGUGAUGUUCUUGAACGGGAAUCUUCAAGGGUGAACAUCCCUUCCUUACCAGGCAAGGUCUUUACAAACCGUUUUACCGACGAAGUUAUUGAGUCUCGCCGGGAAGGACUUGAAAGAUUCUUACAAAUGUGUGUUUCAUUAUUACUAAUCAAUGUGGCCUAA